AUGGCCAUCCAGAAGAAGCACGGCAAGGGCCGUCUCGACAAGUGGUACAAGCUUGCCAAGGAGAAGGGCUACCGCGCCCGAGCUGCGUUCAAGCUGAUCCAGCUGAACAAGAAGUAUGGCUUUUUGGAAAAGAGCAAGGUCUUGAUCGAUCUCUGCGCCGCGCCAGGAUCAUGGUGUCAAGUCGCCGCCGAGACCAUGCCGGUCAACAGUCUGAUUGUCGGUGUCGAUCUCGCCCCCAUCAAGGCCAUCCCCAAGUGCAUCACCUUCCAGAGCGACAUCACGACCGACAAGUGCCGCGCGACGCUCCGACAACACCUCAAGACGUGGAAGGCCGACACAGUGCUCCACGACGGCGCCCCCAACGUCGGCACCGCCUGGAACCAGGAUUCGUUCAACCAGGCCGAGCUCGUGCUGCAGUCGAUGAAGCUGGCCACCGAGUUCCUCGUCGAGGGCGGCACCUUUGUCACCAAGGUGUUCCGCUCCAAGGACUACAACCCCCUGCUCUGGGUCUUCAACCAGCUCUUCACCAAGGUCGAGGCCACCAAGCCGCCGUCGUCGCGCAACGUCUCGGCCGAGAUCUUCGUCGUCUGCCGCGGCUACAAGGCGCCCAAGCGCAUCGACCCCCGCUUCCUCGACCCCAAGGCCGUCUUCGCGAGCUCAGGACAGGCCCCACACGAGGCCAAGGUCUACAACCCGGAGAUCAAGAAGCGCAAGCGUGACGGCUACGAGGAGGGCGACUACACCCUCUACAAGGAGGCGCCCGCCAGCGAGUUCAUCCAGACCGACGACCCCCUCGCCAUCCUCGGCGGCUACAACAAGCUGACGUGGGCCCAGCCCAAGAACGGCGACGUGGCCCUCGCCGCCAUGAGCAAGCUGCCCGAGACGACAGACGAGAUCCGCCUGUGCUGCGAGGACCUCAAGGUCCUCGGCCGGCGCGACUUCAAGAUCCUCCUCAAGUGGCGUCUCAAGGUGCGCGAGAUCUUUGGCCUGUCGACGAAGAAGGACGACGAGCCCGUGCCCGAGGAGGUCGCCGAGGUCGAGGACAUGGACGAGGAGCUCAAGAUUCAGGAGGAGCUGCAGGCCAUGCGCGACCGGGAGAGCACCAAGAAGAAGCGCGAGCGCCGCCGGGAGAACGAGAAGAAGCAGAAGGAGAUUGUGCGCAUGCAGAUGAACAUGAUGGCCCCCAUGGACAUUGGCAUGGAGCAGGACGGCCCCAUGGGCGCCGACUCGAUGUUCCGUCUCAAGAUUGUCGACAAGGCCGGCGCCGCCAACAAGAUUGCGCAGGGCCGCAUGGCCAUUCCGCGCGAGGCCGAGCAGAAGGACAGCGGCAUCGGCUCGUCCGGCGAGACGGACGACGAGACGGACGAGGAGGAGGACCGCCUCGAGGAGGAGCUCGACGGCAUGUACCAGCAGUACAAGGAGAAAAAGGCCGAGGCGGACGCAAAGUAUCGCGCGAAGCGGCGCGGCGCGAGGAGCACAAUGACGAGUUUGAGGGCUUCUCCGGCGACGACAAGACGCGAGACCGAGGGCCGCCCCGCGCCCGCCGGCGACGACGAGGCCGACUGGUCCGCCGACCAGAAGAAGGCGGACGGCACGCUCGACAUUGACAUCAUCACGGCCGAAGCCAUGACGCUGGCGCACCAGCUGGCGACGGGCCAGAAGACGUCGCACGACCUCGUCGACGACGGCUUCAACCGCCAUGCCUUCCGCGACCGCGACGGCCUGCCUGAGUGGUUCAUGGACGACGAGGGCAGGCACGACAAGCCGCACAAGCCCAUCACCAAGGCGGCGGCCGACGCCAUCAAGGAGAAGAUGCGCGCGUACAACGCCCGGCCGAUCAAAAAGGUGGCCGAGGCCAAGGCGCGCAAGAAGUUCAAGGCGGCGCAGCGCUACGAGAAGCUCAAGAAGAAGACCGACUCGCUCGUCAACGAGGAGGGCCUCACGGAGAAGGAGAAGGCGAGCACCAUCGCCAAGAUGAUUGCCAAGGCGGGACAGGUCAAGAGGCGGCCGCAGCCCACGCUCGUCAUCGCCAAGGGCCUCAACCGUGGUGUCAAGGGACGACCCAAGGGUGUCAAGGGCAGAUAUACCAUUGUCGACGCGAGGAUGAAAAAGGACCUGAGGGCGCAAAAGAGAUUGUCGAAGAAGAAGAAGCGGUGA